AUGUCUUUACCCGAAAACGAAGUUGCUGAGCUCAAGGAGCAUUUCGAACUUUAUGAUUUGCACAGCGCAGGAUUCAUCAGCGUGCGUGAACUUGGUUGGGCUGUCCGAGGAUACGGAGUUAAUGUUACGGAGAGUUCCUUGAAGCAUGCUGUUGAAAAGUAUGAUAACGGAAAGGGACAAAUCAUGUUUUCUGAUUAUGUUGAUUUCAUGGCCCGUAAGAUGACAGAUCCCGGUCUGAAUGAAGAAGAUAUAAUGGAUUCUUUCUCUGUCUUUGACAAGGAUAAGAAGGGAAAAGUAAAUGUAAAGGAAUUGAAGGACGUCAUGUGUAAGAUGGGAGAGCCCAUGACUGGAGCAGAGAUUGAAGGUGUCCUGAAGGAUGCUGAAAUUGAUGCCGACGGAAAUAUGAAUUACAAGGAUUUUGUCAAGAGACUGAACGAUAUGUACGAACUCUUUGCCUAA